AUGCAACAGGCCCACAAAUCUCGCCUGCUGAAGACGUCUCAGUGUCUGAUGGAGGGACUCACACUUCAGGGAAUCCCCACACUGCUCAGAGAGAUCUACACAGACCUCUACAUCACACAGGGGGGAAGAGGAGAGGUCAACCAAGAACACGAGGUCAGACAGAUAGAGAGAGCAUCCUGGAGAGAAGUAGGCGAAGACGAGGAUUCUGAUGAUCUAGAGGAAGAUGAUAAUGUUUAUGCUCUAGAGGAAGAUGAGGACUCUGAUGAUCUAGAGGGAGAAGAUGAAGAACAUGAGGUCAGACAGAUAAAGGAUGCAGCAGCCAAGAACAGGCCAAUCAAAUGCAGUGACAUCUUUGAACGCUUAUCUAAACAAGUUAAGCCCUCAUCGAAAAAAGUCAAGCCCUCAUCUAAACAAGUCAAACCUAUGGGAAUUGUGCUGACAAAGGGAGUAGCAGGCAUUGGAAAAACAGUCUCUGUGCAGAAGCUCAUUCUGGACUGGGCUGAAGGAACAUCCAAUCAGGAUGUGGACUUCAUAUUUCCACUUCCUUUUCGUGAGUUAAAUCUGAUGAAGGAGAAAACCAUCAGUCUGGUGGAUCUUGUGAAGCACUUUUUCUCAGAGGUAAAGGAUCCAAGAGUCCUCACCAGUUCAGAGAAAAAACUCAUGUUCAUCUUUGAUGGUCUGGAUGAAUGUCGACUUCCCCUUAACUUCUCCUCAAACCCAGAGUGCUGUGAUGUGACAAAGUCAGUCCCGGUUGACGUGCUGCUAACAAACCUCCUUCAGGGCAAUCUGCUUCCAUCUGCUCUUCGCUGGAUCACCACCCGACCAGCAGCAGCUGGUCUGAUUCCUCCUAAGCGUGUGAAACAGGUGACAGAAAUAAGGGGAUUUAACGACCCACAGAAGGAAGAGUAUUUCAGGAAGAAACUCAGUGAUGAGAGCCUGGUCAGCAGAAUCAUUGCCCACCUGAAGUCAUCCAGGAGCCUCUACAUCAUGUGCCACAUUCCAGUCUUCAGCUGGAUUUCAGCUACAGUAGUAGAGAACACAUCAUAUGAAUCAGGGAGGGUAGAAAUGCCAAGGACUCUUACACAGAUGUACACACACUUCCUGAUCAUUCAGGUUACAAAUAAAAACACCAAGUACACAGAGCAUGAAGGAAGAGAUGAAGGAAUGAUUUUGAAACUGGGGAAACUGGCAUUCAAGCAGCUGCAGAAGGGAAAUUUGAUCUUCUAUGAUGAAGACCUGAGGGAAUGUGGCAUUGAUGUCACAGAAGCAUCAGUGUACUCAGGAGUGUGCACUCAGAUCUUCAGAGAGGAGGCCGGGCUGUACCAGGCGAAGGUGUUCAGCUUUGUACAUCUGAGCAUUCAGGAGUUCCUUGCAGCAUUAUAUGUGUUCCUCUGCUUCAUCAACAGCGAGAGAAACAUGUCUGACCAACAGCUAUUGUCUCAGCUCUCUGGUCUGUUCAGAGCAGCAACACUUCAAGACCUACACAAGACUGCAGUGGAUCUGGCUUUACAGAGUAGGAAUGGACACCUGGACCUUUUCCUCCGCUUCCUUCUGGGCCUCUCCCUGGAGUCCAAUCAGAACCUCUUAAGGCAUCUAAUGCCACAGAACAACAGCCAAUCACAGAGCUCGGAGCCAACAGUGCAAUUAGUCAAACGCAACAUCAGGGAUUUUUCUAAUAGUGGCAGUAGCAGAUAUCAGAGUGGGUCAGACAGACAGAUCAACCUGUUUUACUGUCUGAAUGAGCUGAAUCAGCAUACUGUAGUGGAGCACAUUGACAGGACCUCAGGAACUCUUUCCGUAGUGAUGCUCUUACCAGGACAGUGGGAGACUAGGGAGUUUAGGUUUGAGACGUCAGAAGAGUAUCUGGAGGGGUUUAACCUGCAGACGUACAUAAAGACACCUGAGAUGGACCAGACUGAACUCCUCAUCCCAGAUGACAUUCUUCAGAAGCUGACUGAUGUGUUCACAUCAUCCACCUCAGCACAGUGA